AUGUCGCAUAAAAGAAUCUACCAAGGUCCUGAGCUAGAAGAGUUAGAAGCCGGGAAUUCACGCAUAUGCGGAGUUGAGACAGUCUCAAGGCGCCUCCGUUGCUGGCAACCGUUCUAUCUGCCACGGUCGGAUGGUUACCAUUCCAUCGCCAUGGGUGAUAAUUUUUUCUGUGGGCUACUUCAGCUACCUGGAAGGAUCAGUUGUGAACAAGAAAUAAGUAUAGCCAAAGUGCCGAGUGGUGACCGCUACAUCGCGAUAGCGGCUGGGUCAAGACAAGCGCGUGCGAUCACAGUUAACAAUGAUGUGGAGUGUUGGGGGCAAACGCCGUUUCCGGCAUGUGAAAAGUUCUCAGCACUCGCGAUUGGGGAAAACCGUAUCUGCGAUCUUAGAUGGUCUAAUGGAACAGUGGUGUGUUGGAGCAAUAAUAACCGUUUCAAUCUGCCACAGACGCUUAAAGACAUUCAUUUCACAUCAAUAUACGCCAAAGGGGCAAUCUUUUGCGGUGUUGCCACAAAUAACUACACUCUAUAUUGCUGGGGAAAUGAGAAUUUUGAAUCGGGUAUUUUCGCUCCGUUCCAAGGUCAAGUGGUAAUGCCAGGACCGUGUAGAAAAGAAUGCCCGUAUGGUCCAUUGUCAGGAUCACAGUCAUUAUGUAGCAACAAUUUAAUGAUUUGCGAUUUGAAGAGAAAGGAUGGAGUAUUUCCCGUUACACAGGCACAACAGUACUCUAAGAACAAAACCUGGAGCACAAGAAACAUUGUGUUUGUUGCGGUUGGAUGCGUUGGAACGUUUUCUUCGCUCCUAGUCAUCAGUUUCUUGAUCUCUAAAAGCCACUACCGAUGUCGUGUCCAUGACUCUGGACGUCUUGAUGAUACUAGGAAAAUAGACAUACCCAAGCUUGAGAAGAGGAUGACUAGUCUAGCUAGUUUAGGGAACCCUAGCCAGCUCACGGAGUUCUCCAUUGACGAGCUGGCUCAAGCCACAAAUGGUUUCUCUGUCCGGUUUCAGCUCGGGGUAGGCAGCUUUGGCUCUGUUUACCAAAAUGUUUUGUCAGACGGACGUCAUGUGGCCAUCAAACGAGCUGAGCUCACAAACAUUGCAUUGUCUGGGACAACGAUGAGAAACCGACAAGCAGACAAGGAUUCAGCGUUUGUUAACGAGCUAGAGUCUAUGUCGCGGCUAAAUCACAAAAAUCUUGUUUGA